AUCGCGGAAGUGCUGUUAGUGUGUUGUUUUUUGUACUGUCCGUGGCAUAAUUACUCAUAAUCUUUUUAAGCGUUAUCGUUCUAAGACGACGGUUUUGAAAGGAUAAUAAAACGUUUCCUUCUCUAACAGACUAAACAUGGAGGACGACGCUCCUGUUAUUUACGGACUCGAAUUUCAGGCUCGGGCACUGACUGCUCAGACAGCUGAAACUGAUGCGAUUCGUUUCCUUGUCGGCACACAGUCAUUGAAAUUCGACAACCAGAUCCACAUCAUUGACUUUGAUGAUGAGAAUAACAUCAUUAAUAAGAAUGUCCUUCUGCACCAAGCCGGGGAGAUAUGGCACAUUGGCGCCAGUCCAGCAGAUAAGGCCGUGCUUACCACCUGCUAUAACAAAACCAGUAACAGCAGGGUGGUGUCCUGUGCGGCAGUAUGGCGGAUGCCCACUGACUGGGAGACAGCUAGCCACGAGUCCCCUGAUGACACCGCCCACAACCCUCAAACCUUGGAGUUGCUCUGUCACCUAGACGACAGCGCCCAUGGCAACGCUGCCUGUGUACUUUGGGAACCCAUGGGGGACGGCAAGCGUGUGAUUUCACUGGCUGAUAACCACGCUCUGCUCUGGGACUUGCAGGAGAGCUCCACACAGGCAACGGUCUCCAGCACUGCCACAUUGGAGGGCAAAGGUCAGCUGAAGUUCAACGCGGGCAAGUGGAGCCCCCACCACAACUGCAGUCAGCUCGCCACAGCAAAUGACACAGUCAUACGAGGUUGGGACCUUCGCACUAUGAGUCAGAUCUACUGCAUCGAGAACGCUCAUGGCCAGCUGGUGCGUGACCUGGACUUCAACCCAAACCGUCAGUACUAUAUGGCCAGCUGUGGAGAUGACUGCAAGGUCAAGUUCUGGGAUGUCCGCAAUGUCCAGGAGCCUGUCAAGACCCUGGAGGAGCACUCGCACUGGGUGUGGAGCGUCCGCUACAACCACAGCCAUGACCAGCUGGUGUUGACAGCCAGCAGUGACAGCCGCCUCAUCCUCUCCAAUAUGGUGUCCAUCUCCUCGGAGCCAUUCGGACACUUGGUGGAUGACGAGGAGCUCAGCGAGGGGGAGGACAACCACCAGGAUGACAAGAGUAAGGAGCCCCUAAAGGACAGUGUGGUGUCCACCUAUGAGGAGCAUGAGGACAGUGUGUACGCAGCUGAGUGGUCCUCAGCUGAUCCCUGGCUCUUCGCCUCGCUCAGCUACGACGGACGCCUAGUCAUCAACAGGGUCCCACGUGCCCUCAAAUACCGCAUCCUGCUCUGAGGGGGAAGUAUGGGGCAGGUAAUCUGAGUGUGUCUGUGUGUGUUUGUACAGUGAGAGUACAAAAAGAAGAGAGGCCUGCGCACAUUUCUAAGAUACAAAGAGUUACCGUAUGACAUUCCUUUAUAACAUGGUAGCGUGUGCUGUCAAUUUGAGGCAGCAAUGACAAAGAGUGUGUGUGAUGUAAAUAUACUGCCAUACAUAUAUUUAACUGACCUCUGUAAACAAAGCAUCUGUUCUAAAUAUCCUAAUAAAAGUCACCAAAAAACUA